AUUACCGAGAAAGUGCUAGACGAAGGUACGGUGCCGUGGGGUGUAAAGGUAGAGCGCGUUGAAAUCAAGGAUAUCCGUCUUCCUCACCAACUCACUCGAAGUAUGGCCGCUGAGGCUGAAGCUGUUCGGCGAGCGAGAGCCGCUGUCAUUCAUGCUGAGGGAGAGAAAAAUGCUUCCAGGUGGAUCUCCGAAGCAGCCGAUAUCAUUAGCAACAACACGAUUUCAGUACAAUUGCGUUAUCUCCAGACCUUGCAUCAAGUUGCGGCACAAAGAAACAACACGAUUGUCAUUCCAUAUCCAAUAGAAGUUGCAAGACGUCUGGUGAAAAAGUAUGGACAAAGAGGAUUUUUGAAAAAAUGA